AUGGUGAAACAACCAUGGACCGCGGCGUUGGUGCAUGCUACCGCCCAACACCAUGAGCAGGCAACUGCGAAAAGCUGCGGCUACCUGCUGGCCUCCUGGGGCGCAGGGAGAGCGUGGCAAACGGCUGCGCGGAUCUUUGCGGAUGCUCCGACACGAGCCCUGGAGGUCAACAUCCGACUCUGCAACGCCGCAAUCAAUGCGUGCAGACAUGCGUGGCAGUGCGCCGGCGAACUCCUCCAUCGUGCUUCUGCCUGCCGGCUGCAGCACGACACCGUUUCCUUCGGCGCCGUCUCAGCGUCGCUUUGCAAGGGGAGACAGUGGCCGACAGCCUUGGCCCUGCUGGGUUCCAGAACUGGGGCUGUCGCCCUCGGCGCCAUCACGGAUGCCGCUGCAAAGGUGCAAGCAUGGCGCACGGCCGUGUCGCAGCUUCAGCGGUGGCAUUCCACGCAAGGGCCUCCCGGUGUGGUUCUCCUCAGCUCUGCGGGAGACGCCCUGCAGCGCUCUCAGGAGUGGAGGAAGGCCGUGGAGAUACUGUCGCCUUUGGUGGUGCACAACGGUCCCGCAGAUGCUGCUGCCUACGGAGUGCUGCUGGCAGCGUGCGCCGGGGGCGGGCGUUGGUCAGAGGCGAAGGGGCUCCUCUCAAGUCUCCGGCUGCAGCGCCUCCGCGCCGACGUGGCCGCCUUCGGGGCAGCGGUGCGUAGUGCGAAGGCGAAGCCGGAGGUGGCAGAGACGCUUGCCCUGGAGAUGCGCCAGCGAGGAAUGCACCCCUCCGCCGCCUUGCGAAAUGCCGUGGCCCUGGGGGCUCGCUGGGACGAGGCGCUGCGCCUCUUCGGCUGCUGUGGAUCCUACCAGCUCGAGGUGGAUACCGUUGGCGGCAACAUAGCGGCCUCUGCCUGCGCACAGGAGCAUCAGUGGCAACACGCUGCCAGCAUUCUCGAUCUGGGAGAAGCUUGGGGUUUGCUUCCAGAUUCCAUGAGCCUUCACGCCCGAAUCCAGUCCUUCGGCUGGGGCCUGCGCUGGGAGACGUCCCUCCGACAGAUGGCUGACGGUCAGCUUGAUGAGGGCGCCGCUGCACACUUAGGAGCAGCUGCGAUCACCGCGUGCGAGCUCGCAUUCGCCUGGCCACAGGCGGUCGGGUUGUUGCAGGUCCCGCUUUUGCGCAGUGCCAGCGCAUUCUGCAGUGCAGCGGCUGCCUGCGCUGGCACUGUCGCUUGGAGCUCCGCGUUGGCAGUCUCUGCACACCUCCGUCAUUGUGGGAUGCAAGAGGCGGCGAGCCUGGCUUUGCACCACGUCACCUCGGAUGAAGUGGGGCGCCCAAGUUACUUCCUGAACUCCUGGCUGCAGCGCAGCGAUGUAGACAUCCAGGACGCCAUCCUGUUGUCAUAUCUCCACACCUUUGCCCUUUUGUUCAAGCCGCCGCUGGCAGAGAAAAUCGUCGUUGACUGCUGCUUCACGUUGGACGCGAUCGACCGCCCUCCUGAAGCGUGUGGAAAACUUGCCUAUCGUUUUUUCGCCAUGGUAAAUCGUGGCACCAUCUGCUUGAAGCCAACAAGUCUUUGGAUCGGUGGCGACGAAUCCCGUGCAGAUGCGUUUCUCCGCUUCAUGGCGCAGACGGACAGGUACAGCCGCUUAAAUGGUGGCGGAGCUGCUCCUUCCGGGCGCCCUCGGGUAAGCUUGGUGCGAGACUUCCCAUUCACCCUCGUGGAGAAGACUCCAGGUGACGCGAGCAAGAGCUCCACCUCCUUCCUAGACCGCUUGGCAGCGAUGAUAAAUGCUGGAAGUGUUCAGCGUGCUGUGCUGUCCUUCAAUGAUUCGCGCGACGACCAUCGUAUCAUCACCAGGCUUCUUCAGCCUGUGGUCUACUCUGCCGUGGCACAAGUCGUCUUCGAUGGGUUGCCGAGGACCUUUGCACAGAAAGCUCUCGACAGCCUGACAACUGCACAGGGCCUUCCAUCUAGUGCCGCGAACACCGCGGCUCUUGCCGCUGAGAGUGGAGGCGACUUGCGGCAGGCCAUCAAUGCUUUGCAGCUUUGGACUGGGAACCAGCGUUGCGUCCCAACGACGGGCGUCAACACUCGGGCACGAAAUCGAGGCAGCACGGAGAAAAGAACGAAGGCCCAGCUGCUCGCAGAGGCCUCCCGAGAUGCGGAAGCAUCGCUCCGCAUGGCGAACCUGGGGCUUUUCCAUGCGCUGGGACGUCUGCUCUGGUGCAAGCGAAUACCGCCAGGUGGGGAUGAGGUGGAGAUGUCUGCAGGCGGCACAAAGCGCAGGAAGAAAGCCACUACCUCAGGUGAUCCCGAGCCGAAACAGCUACCGCACCACCUCCUCGUGCCGAAGGCUUCACGACCGUCGCUGUACUUCGUUCCAGAGGAGGUGAUUGCCCAGUCGCAGACAGAGCCGCAGAUGCUGGUUCAGUGGCUCUUCACCAACGCUCCGCGCUUCUACGGCUCUGUCACAGACCUCGCCGCCUUUUCCGGGGCUUUGGCAGAGGCUGACGCCUGGAGUGGGAUCAGCAGUGGCAGCUGGCGAGGGUGGAAAGAAGACGUCGACACCCCCGUUGCAGAGGAGCUGGCGACGUCUGUCCAAGUGCGAUCACUGCUUGACGCCAACCUCCACCCCGUGCCCCCAGCCUUCCGCUCUGCAACAUCGAGCCCCGAUGCAGACGUUGCAGCCGCGUCCGCAUUCAACAUGGUCCGUCCAUCCACCUGGGAUGUGCAGCGCCAUCGCACCCGCCGCCUGGAGGAGCUGACCGCACACCUCGUGAAGUUGGGUCCCGAAGCACUCGGUGGUUCGGCUGUCCGACCCAGUCUCGUGCGGUCGACGCUCCCUUUCGUGCACCUUCUCCUUCAAUCCAGCAGGGGCCAGCAUCCCAAGCUCAAUCACCUUCCGCAUCCCAUGAUGCAGCUACUUAUGGGUAUGAGCUCGGGAGUCGAUGGUGAGUUCGUCUUCCACGGUACGGUGGACGCGCAGUCCUCCCAGGGUGCGGGGUUCAAGCGGCCCUCCCAGCCCGUCGAGUCGACUGCGACGCCCGACAGCUGGAAGUUCGCCUUGCCGGAUGAUCCCAUCGAAGAUGUGUGA